UCACACAUGUGUUGGAUUCGAUAUGUUAUGAUAGUAAUUUGAACAGCAGUAGAGGCAUAAAGGAGUAGGCUGACUGACGAAAUAAACUCACGGAAUUAUGCUUUUACUAUGCCUACUCUCCACAGACUGCUCUUUUAGAUGACUGCUGUCCUGUCAGAUGGGAUAGGCAGUAGCAAUUAGCUUUUAUUUCCUGAACGUAUCAACUCAAGUCAUUCGGCAACUGUUCAGUGUUGGUCAUGUUCACCGCUCUCUCCACGCAGAGAUAUCUGAAACACAUGCGCUCUCAUCGUUAUCUGUAUUACAUUUUGUUGGGAAAUUGUAGACGCUGGCCUCUAACCUACUCGCAGUUUGAUAACGCAACAAUGGCAACAAGCGCAACCAAGCGUUGCCUCUCGACUUCGCCCAUCCGUGAGCCUAGCGUCGGCCAAAUGGACGUGGGUAGCCGGAUCAAGCGUGUGUCCAUAGAGGGAAACAUUGCAGUGGGGAAAUCCACGUUUGCACGGCUGCUACAAAAGGCAGGCCAGGACUGGGAGGUGAUCCCUGAACCAGUCAGCAAAUGGCAGAAUGUUGAGGGCACGUCACAGACUUCAGCGAGUAACCUGCUGGACAUGAUGUAUGCGGACACACCACGUUGGUCCUACACAUUCCAGACGUUCAGCCUCCUGAGCCGCCUGCGCACUCAGCUCCAGCCACCCCCUGCACAGCUGCUGCACUCCUCAGACACACCUGUGCAGGUGUAUGAGCGCUCCGUUUACAGUGACCGGUACAUUUUUGCGCUCACCAUGUUCCAGUUGGGCUGCAUCAAUGCUACAGAGUGGGCGGUUUACCAGGACUGGCACUCUUUCCUUUUAGAGCAGUUUGGCAGGCUUGUACAGCUAGAGGGCAUCAUCUACCUCAGAGCUCCACCAGAGACCUGUAUGACACGGUUAGGGAUGAGGGGGAGAGAGGAGGAAAAAGGGGUCAAGCUGGACUACUUACAGAAACUCCACUCGCAGCAUGAGAGCUGGCUAAUAGACAAGACUACUGUGCUUCAUUCAGAGAAGCUGAAGCAGCUUCCUGUGUUGGUGCUUGAUGCAGGGGUGGGGUUUGAGAAGGACCCAAAAGUCCAGGAAAUGCUUAUCACACAGGUCAAGGGAUUCUUCAAAUCAAUAUGACCUCCCUCCAAAAAAAAUGGUCCAGAAUGGUUGAAUUGUUAUGCAGUGCUGAGAGCAAAAAGUGAACUUUCUCCUACCUCUAAUACAAAGGCAGUGACAAUAAAGCGGCUAGUUACACCGUGUCAAAGGCCACCGAGUCAAAGGCCAUUACAAAUGUGUGUUUUUAAUGACAUUGAGUAUGUUUUUGUUCUACAAUAAUACUGUGUAUUACUCACUGUUUCUGGCAUUACAUUGCUUGUAACAAGUCAGUAAUUUGCAUCUGGGACCUUUUGUAAUGACUCAGUAUCUGAUAAUCUGCAUGUUGACUCUGGUAAUGUGAUUGUUUCUGUUUACAUAGAGUACAUAAAAUGUGUAUUCUAUGUAAUCUUCAAUGUUUCACCAUACACACAUUGAUAGAGCGUGACUAGACCAUGACAAGAGCAAGACUAGACCAUGUCUGUGUCAUAACUAGGCCUGACUCCAUACAUGCACCAAAAAUGGUUAUUAAUCAUGUUGAGGUUUGGAUUAAAGGGAGUUUGAAUGCAUGAAAAAUAACUUGAUAAAGGUCCAGUAAUUGGUAUGUGUUUUAGCAGAUUUAUAUAUUUAUAUUAUACAGUUUUGUAUAGUAAUGAUGACAUUUACAGACUCUGUGUUCCAUUUACAUAGACAAUGUUUUAUUUAUUUUAGGUCAAACUUUUCGUCUUGUAUUAUGCUUGAGUUCAUCAAAAUCAGAUGUGCAUCACACUUGAGA